CGCGCAGCAGAGCAACGUGCACGCGCGCAUCUUGUACCUGCUGCUGCCGUUGCUGCCGCCGUCUCCCCUCAUCAUCACAAAGGCCCCGGCGCGCCCGCCCGCCCGCCCAUCCGCCCGCCGGUUGCCAUGUCGUCGAACCCGUUCCGCAAAAAGGCGCUGCAGGCCAUCGACACGGGCCGCGCCCAGUCCCCCGCCAAGUCGAGCUUGCGCAGCUCCUCGUCCAACUCGCCGCUGCCCGCCGCCGCCGCCGCUCUCGAAGGCAGCGAUGCCGCCCUCGACUCGGACGUCCUCAGGCGGCCCAAGCCCGUCAAAAAGGUCCGCGUUAUGUCCCCGCCGCCGCUGUCCCCCGACUCGCCCGAGUGGCCGCGCAGUAGUAGCGCCCCCUUCUACGAGUAUCCGCCGCCCGGCGCCGUCCUUGGUCCGGACGCCGCGCCCGCCUUCGCAUAUGCCCCCGGGCCGGGGGAUCCCUUCAACGGCGCGCCCGCCUCCGCCGAUGACGAGAGCGACCGCGAGACUGCCAGCAGCACGGCUACGCCUCCUCCGCCGCCGAGGCCGCCCGCCGCCGCCGUCAAGGGGCGGAACCCCGGAACGCUCGUCGCGGCACCUAUGCCCAUCUCGACACCUACAUCCUCAUUAGAAUCGGCGGCGGCGGCGGCGGCGGCAGGCGUCCCGGCGAACCCCUUCAGUAAGACGCUGCAGGACCUGGAGCAGUCGCGGGAACUUGAGGCGCAGAAUCGCAGCGAAGGAGAGGCUCUCAAGGCAGGCAACGCUGCCGCGCGUCAGUCCCUCAACGUCGAUUCGUUCCGGCGGCUGCUCAUGACGGGCAAGGCGGAUGACGACGAUGCAGCGAGGAAACAGGACGACCUGACCGGGAGUAUAAAUCGCCCAACAGCCAGAGACGAGGACGACACAUCCGAGUCGACUGACUACAUCACAACUGAGGACGAGGCUGGGCGCGCGCAAUCAUCGAGUCCGAACCAGCAAAAGUCCUCCAAGGAGAAGAAGGCUCCGCCGCCGCCGCCUAGCUCGCGCCAUGGUAAAUCUCUCAAGGAGGAUGCGUCCGCGCGCCUCGCCCCGUCGACGACCACUUCCACAGAUAUCAACAAGCCGUUGCCCAUAUCACCCGUGCGGAGAAGCUACGAUGACGAGUCCCCCUUCGACCGCGAGUCCGCUGGCAAGGUACCAGAGUCGGAAGAGGAGCCGGAGGAGAAGCUAGCGGAAGAGUCUGAGUCUACGACACAAUCGCUGGCCACCACGCCUGCGAGGCAACCCAGUUUGAGAAAGUCGGCGCCGGCGCCCCCGCCACGGAGAGGCCACGCUCGGUCCGAUACGCGGUCCGAGUCACAACUACCGCAACCGCAGCACGACGCGCCGGCGAGGACGUCGACAGACGACGGCACGCCCAGGCAGCCUGCUCAGGCGCCGCUCCCACCUCCCCCGCGGAGACCGCACGCAACGCCGCGGCAGACCUCGUCACAGGGCGGCUCCGCCGCGCAAAUCGUCCAAGCGGCUGCCUCCACACCGUCUCUGUCACAUUACUACGAGUCCGACUCCGACAGAGCCGCCGCGGCCUCGGAUGCUACUCCCGCGGGAAGCAGCCCCAGCGCGAGCAAGCUCCCCUCGCCGAGGCCGCCCGCGCCGCCGCCCGCGCGCAACUCCUCCGUGCGGCAACGGCCCCCGAGCGUGAGCAGCGUCGACGGCAUCAGCAGGCGCAUCUCGGGCGAGGCGCCGCCACGGACGUCCCGUGACGGGGCACCUCCGCAUCUGGGUCCUCCGCCACCACCGCCGCCCAAGAGACAGAGGGGCAACAGCUCGAGCAGCACCAAUGACCUCAGGAGGGCGAGCGGCGAGAGCGCGUCGCGGCCACAGCUCCAGCACCCGUCAGGGGAAAGUUCGGGCAAGGGCGUGGACAUUCUGGCGGACCUGGACGCGUUGCAAAGGGAGGUGGAUGCUCUGCGGGGGAAGAUGCGCUAGAUCUGGAUGGGGGAUGCGAUGUUCCCUCCCUCUCUCCCUCCCAUGUACGCGGAAGGGUGUGCUGGUUGAGAGCGCCGGUGCGGCAAACACCUCUCUCACAAUAUAGAUGGCAUGGACGGCUGUGGCAUGACCGGUCAGAGAAUUCACAGUUGUACAAUACCGGAGAUACGUAGCGUUGAAGCUGAGAAUAUGCAUGUCACGCCGCACGGCACAGGGCCUGCAUGCGACGGUGGCUCUGAG